AUGGACUCGUUGAACACCUCAACACUACUGGAUGUCAGCGAAUUGCUAUCAACCAUCUCAGCAAACAUAUUACUCGACUUACCAGUAUUUUGCGAAGACACAACAGAGCCUUAUUUCAGAGCACCAGCAUCAUUUCUCCCCAUCAGGGAACGGAGGGAGGAGACACUUCAGAACAGUGUACCUUUAUUACAACUCCCCGGUACAACGAUCCGAGAGAUAUUAAAAACCCUCACCGCGGAGGACGCAGUUUCUCUCGGGUGGAGCUGCCGGCAGCUCCACGGCAUCAUCUUUGGUACGGAAGGCGAGUUAUAUUGGGAACAGCAGCUUCGUGUUCUUCAACCCUCUGAAAGUCUUCUCCGAGUCGCUUCGAAGCCUGCGGAGACUUAUCGACGGUGCGCGACGAUGCGACGCCACUGGAAGCAAAGUCAGUACACGCAAAGCACCGUCGAAGGGCAUAUGAGUUUAGUGAAGUGUAUUGAAUUAGAUGGGACGCGUGGCGUUGUAGUGACAGGGAGUAGUGACAAGAAGGUGAAAGUGUGGAAAAUUGAUGGGAAGUCGUUAAUUAUGGGGAAGACCAUAGCUGGACAGAAUUGUGGAGUUGUUGGGUUGGACUUAAAAGGUGACGACUUACGCAUUGGAUACAAAAAUGGAGUCAUAAAAGAUGUCAAUUUGAGCUCUGGGAAUUCACAAGAAUUUGCUGUUGGAUCGACCGUGACGGGAUUCACGUAUUGUGGGGAGGUAGUUGUUGGGUAUGAACGGACGGUUUCUUUAUAUGACGCAAAGACUCUGAAGAGUGUUGGAGAAUACAAUUUACACCGACGACCGGUGUCAUAUGCGAAAUUAUAUACUCCACAAAUGGGAACUUCUGCUUCCUUUGAUAAAAGUGUGGACUUCUGGGACCUUAGAAAACUCGACAUGACUGCUAUAAGGCUAAAAGGACAUCACGCGGGCGUCAACCAUUUCGACUUUUGUAAAGAAAAGAUCAUCACUGCUUCAAACGACAAAACAUUAAUGGUGUGGGAUAUUAGAAAGCCCGACGUCCCUAUUAAAACUCUUCAAAACCACACCGCAGAAGUUAUCUAUGUUAGACAUCAGAAUGAUAAAGUUGUUGCAUCUUCUAAAGAUAUGACUCUCUCUAUUUUUAACGAUAACGACUUCUCACAAAUCGGAAUGAUCAACACAAGAUCGGUUGUCUCUUCUUUUAUCUAUGACGACCAAUUCAUGUUUUGUGGGUGCAGCUCGGGAGAGAUACUUAUGUAUGACUAUUCCUAA